AUGCGCCCUUCUCAUUCUGUAGCACAAUGCGCAUUGGUGCUCUGUUUCCUUUUUCCAUCAUCAGUUGAGCAUGAACCACCAGAAGAAGAUGUAUGUAAUGAACGGUCAUGUUAUCCUGCAACUGGCAAUCUUCUAAUUGGACGGAAGAAAAGUCUCAGUGCAACGUCAACAUGUGGUUUACAUGGUCGACAACGUUAUUGUAUUGUAUCACACUUAGAAGAGCAAACAAAAUGUUUUUAUUGUGACAGUAGAACAGAGUGGAAACCAAAUCGGGAGCCAUAUAAAUUGAGUCAUAGGAUUGAAAAUGUAGUUUCGGAGUCAUAUGAAGAUCGUAAUAGGAAUUGGUGGCAGUCAGAAAAUGGCGUACAAAAUGUUUCAAUACGGCUGGAUCUCGAAGCUGAAUUUCAUUUUACUCAUUUGAUCAUAACAUUCAAAUCUUUUCGUCCCGCUGCUAUGAUUAUUGAACGUUCAGCUGAUUAUGCAAAGACAUGGACUCCAUAUAGAUAUUUUGCAUACGAUUGUCAAAAUACCUUCCCAAACAUUCCUGAAAGACCCCCGAAAAAACAUACAGAUGUCAUUUGCACAAGACGGUACAGCGAUGUUGCUCCUUCUACGGGUGGCGAAUUAGUCUACAAAGUAAUCUCACCACAUAUUCCGACGGAAAAUCCAUAUGCUGAUGAGAUUGCAAAUUUAUUGAAAGUGACGAAUAUUCGAAUCAAUUUCACUAAGCUUCAUACACUUGGUGAUGAUUUGUUGGAUUACAGACCAGAAAUAGAUGAGAAAUAUUAUUACGCCAUCUAUGAAUUGGUCGUUCGUGGGUCAUGCUCUUGCUAUGGUCAUGCUCAGCGUUGCAUACCAAUGGAUAAUGCUGCCCGAGUUUCUGUUCCUUAUAGGGCUGAUAUGGUACAUGGACGAUGUGAGUGCACUCACAACACAAAGGGAUUAAAUUGUGAACAGUGCAUGGAUUUCUUCAAUGAUUUACCGUGGCGUCCAGCGAUUGGUGAUGACUCAAACGAAUGCAAACGAUGCGAAUGCAACGGUCAUGCAGCAAGGUGUCAUUUCGAUCGUGCAGUCUAUCAAGCUUCUGGAUUCGUAUCAGGCGGAGUGUGUGACGAAUGCUUGCACAAUACUCAAGGCAAAAACUGUGAGCAGUGCAAGCCAUAUUUCUAUCGGAAUCCGGAUCGACCAAUUACUGAUCCAUACGUUUGUUUACCCUGCAAAUGUGACAAGACUGGUUCCUUAAAUGAUGGAAUCUGUGAAGGUGAAGAAGAUUCAGAGCGGGGCCUUGUUGCUGGCAAGUGCUACUGUAAAUCGAAUGUUGAAGGGCCAUGGCAAGUUUCUAAUUUUGGGGCUAUUCCGGAUAGUAACUUUCGGUGUGACCAUUGUAAAAAUGGAUUUUGGAAAUUGACAGCUGACGAUCCAAAUGGUUGUCGUCCAUGUAGUUGCGAUUUAUUAGGCUCAUUCAACAAUGAGGGAUGUAAUAAGCAAACUGGCGAAUGCCUUUGCAAACAGCUUGUUACUGGUGAUGCCUGUGACAAAUGCUUGCCGGAGCAUUACGGACUAAGUGAUGAUCUAUACGGCUGUAAACCUUGUGAUUGUGAUUUGGGUGGAUCAGUUGAUAAUCACUGUGAUGUUAUUACCGGACAAUGCAAAUGUAGGAGAAACUUUAGCGGUCGACGUUGUGACACUGCCGAAAGUGCUUAUUAUUGUCCAUCUAUUAAUCAUUAUACAUUGGAAGCAGAGGAGGCAGAAAUUACUGAUGGACAAAUCGAAUUCAGAGAGCUUCCAGUAUUUGUAAGAGAUCAUACAUGGACAGGCGAUGGCUUUGUUAGAGCCAGUGAACAUACUCAAUUAGUAUUCAAAAUUGACAACCUUGCUCAAAGCAUGCAUUACAAUAUCAUUAUCAAAUAUGAACCAAUGCAAGAUGAUAUUGGGUGGGAAAAUAUACAAUUAACAGUUGUACGGCCUACAGAUCCAUCAGUCGAUGGAGUCUGUAAGAAUCUUUCACCUUCGGAUGAUUUCUUAACUGCAAAAUUUCAUCCUAAUUCAGGGUACGUUGAGGUUGUGCCGGAUGUUUGUUUAGAAGCUGACGUUCCAUACGAAAUUCUUGUGCAAAUGGGAGAAAAGCGAACUAAAGUAAGCGACAGAACAGCUACUGUACUCAUUGAUUCAAUAGUUCUUGUCCCACCUACCGAAGAACUUUUCAUUUCACAAGGAAUUUCUGCUGACAAUCAUCACAGAGUGGAGUACGAGCGCUCUCAGUGCAGAACACAACAGUUAUCUUUAACGCCGAUAUCAGAUUUGCCAGACGUAUGCGUUCGCUAUAUUUGUCCAGUCGCAGCAAUGUUAUUAAAUCGUAGUUUGGAAUGUGAAUGUGAUGCUACAGGUUCACGUUCCGGAAUAUGCUCCGGCAAGGGUGGGCAAUGCGAUUGUAAACCGAAUGUUAUUGGAAGAAGGUGCGAUCGGUGUGCAGUUGGAACAUAUGGUUUUGGUCCUUCCGGUUGUACAUCAUGUGAAUGUGAUAGUGUUGGCUCAUUAAAUAAUAACUGUAACCGCCAAAGCGGCCAAUGUAGUUGCAGGGAACGUGGAAUUACCGGAAGGCAAUGUAAUCAGUGUCAGCCAGGAUUUUGGUCAUUUCCAGAUUGCCGUGUCUGCCAGUGCAAUGAUCAUGCUUCCAUAUGUGAUCAGAAAACUGGAGCUUGUAUUGAUUGUCUUGACCUUACUGAUGGUUAUUAUUGCGAUCAUUGCAAGGAUGGUUAUUAUGGUGACCCACGACUUGGUAUCAAUUUGUCAUGUAAGCCAUGUCCUUGUCCUGGUGGUCUGGAUAGUGGUUUCCAACAUGCAGAUACAUGCUAUCUUCGUCCUAGUGAACAUUCGGAAGCUCCUGAUGUAGUUUGUAACUGCAGAAUAGGAUAUACUGGUGAACGCUGUUCUUCAUGUGCGGUAAAUCAUUGGGGAAAUCCGAAUGAAUUAGGUGGGACUUGUGAACCAUGUGAAUGCAAUGGUAACAUUGAUGUGAAUGUCGAAGGAAGUUGUGAUCCAGUGACUGGCGAUUGUAUUAAAUGUCUUCAUAACACGGAAGGUGCACAAUGUGAGGAUUGCAUGGAGGGUUAUUAUGGUGAUGCGAAGAUACGAAGCUGUCAAAAAUGUGUUUGUAACGAUCUGGGAACAAAUAGAACAGCUGGAGCAUGUGAUCGUGUUACCGGCCAAUGUCCAUGUUUACCAAAUGUUAUAGGGAUAGCGUGUGAUUUAUGUGCCGUUCAUCAUUUCGAUUUGGCUAGUGGAAAAGGUUGCGAACCAUGCAAAUGUGAUCCAACUGGUGUUAUUCUUAGUGAUGAUGGUAUGUCUCAAUUGCAAUGUAAUGAAUUGGAUGGACGAUGUUACUGUAAGCCAGGAAGAGGAGGACGUACAUGUUCGGAUUGUGAGGAUUAUCACUGGGGUGAUCCAGCAACUGGUGAAUGUCGUAAAUGUGAGUGUGACCGAAUUGGUUCAGCUACCCAACAGUGUGAUCGUAACAAUGGUUCAUGUAUUUGUUUACCUGGCUCAGGAGGGCCAUUAUGUAAUAUGUGUGCUCGUGGUUAUACCGGUCAAUGGCCACGAUGUCAAGCUUGUGGUGAAUGUUUCCAAAAUUGGGAUGAAAUCAUUCAAGAUUUGAGAAAUCAAGUUGAAGCUCUGAUUGAAACAGCUAAAAACGUUGAAGAUACAGGCGUUGCCUCUGUUUAUGAUAAUGAAUUUGAAAAAAUGGAAAACAGUCUGUUGGAUUUAAAGACACAGCUGGAAUCAGCAAAUAUAACACGAAGGAAUGUGAUUGGGUUGCAAAAUGAAAUUGAUAAACUUCGACAAAAUAUCAAUUUGAAAAAAGAAUUGUUGAAUUCUGUUGGAGGACGUAUAACUGAAAUUUCAAGCAAUGUCGAUGGAGCUGAUUUAGAAUUGAAAUCAUUAGUCGAAGAAGCUGACAGACUUACGGAAAAGUCACAGGCAUUUCAAGAAAAUGCAACAUUAUUACGAGUUACUGACGUACAGGGCGCAUACAAUAUCACUCGGGAAUCAGCUGAAAAAUCAUCUGCUGCAAAGCUGCGCACUGACCAAGCAGAUUUAAAAAUUACCAGUGCUGAAAGCAGUAGACAGGAAGCAAUACAACUGUUGGAUAACAAUCAACUUGAUUUUGAGAAACAGUUCAGUGAAAAUGAAAUGGCUUUGGUACGAAUUGAUAAGCAGCUGGCAAAUUUCGAAACUGUAUUGCCGAUGCUGAAUAGAGACGUUUGCGGUGCAGAAUCAGCUCCUUGUGAUCAACUAUGUGGUGGACCGGGAUCUUGUGGUCAUUGUGGUGGACGGUCAUGUCUUUCCGGUUCUGUGAGCAAAGCCGAAAUGGCGAAAAAGUUUGCUGAUGAAGCAGAUCAAAAGUUAAAUGAGAAGCAGAAAGAAGCAGAAGAGGUUCUUGGUCGUAUACGAGAAAUAUUACAACAAACUUUCAUUACAAAAAACAAAGCUAAAGAUGGCCAUGAUAUUGCUGAAGCGGCAGCUAGACAGGUUGCUUACCUCGAAUUCAUUGAUAAUAACCAACGUUCUAGUCCAGAACAAAUACGAGCAUUAGCUGAAGAGAUAAAAAUGGCAAAAAUAUCUCUUACAUCUGAUCAAAUUGAGGAACUGGCAGAUCAGGUUCGCGAGAGACUGCUUAAUAUCAAUAAUAUUGAUAUUAUAUUGAAUGAAACACGAGGUAAUAAGACAAUUGCUGAAGCUUUACAAAAAUCUGCAGAAUUGGCAAGUAUGCGUGCAGCUGAAAUCAGAAACACUACAACAGUGGUACGCCAAGCCUUACAAAGAGCUGGUACAGCACAGGAAGUAGCUAAAGGUGCGAUAAAGAAUGCAACGGAGCAAGUUAUGGAUGCUCGGAAUGACUUGAAUAGUGCAACCGAUGAGUUACGACUUGUGGAAAUAUCGACAGCAAAAACAAAUGAAACAUUAGUAAAAUUGGAAAGUGCAAUGAAAGAUAUUAAUGUGCAGUAUUUAUCGAUAUCUGAAGAUACGAAAUAUGCAUACGAAGCUGCUGAUAAAGCCAUACGUCAGGCAGAAUUUGCUGAAGUAGCCAGUGAGCAACUCGAGGUUUCGUUUGAAAAAGCUAAAGAACUUUUGUCGUCGCAAAAUAUUGGUAAUGAAUUACCUCAAGCAAGAGCUGAAGAAUUGCGUAAACGAGCAACACAGCUUUUGCAUAAGACACAGCGACACCGUAGCGAUAUCUCACAACUUUCCGCUAACAUGGAUGCAUUUGAUGUGCGCUUAGCGGAUUAUAAUCGUGAACUGAGUGAACUUCAUUCAAGGAUCGAUACAGUUACCACUCAGGUACAUAAACAAAUCGAAUACUACUCAACAUGCGAUAUUUAG